AUGUCCUAUCCUCAGUUUGGCUACCCUUACUCCUCUGCACCCCAGUUCCUGAUGAGCACCAACUCCCUGACGACCUGCUGCGAGUCCAGCAGCCGCACGCUGGCUGAGACGGGGGCGGCCGCCUCCGCCCAGACGCCCGUGUACUGCCCGGUGUACGAGAGCCGCCUGCUCGCUACCGCCCGACACGAGCUCAACUCCGCCGCCGCCCUGGGCGUCUACGGCGGGCCCUACGCCGGGCCCCAGGGCUAUGGAAACUACGUGACCUACGGUACCGAGGCUCCCGCCUUCUACUCCCUGAACAGUUUGGAGGCGAAGGACGGGAGCGGCUCUGCGCAUGCGGGCAUCGCCCCCGCCGCUGCCUACUACCCCUACGAUCACACCCUCAGCCAGUACCAGUACGACAGGUACGGGACGAUGGACGGCGGGACGCGGAGGAAAAACGCCACCCGAGAGACGACCAGCACCCUCAAGGCCUGGCUGCAGGAGCACCGCAAGAACCCCUACCCGACUAAGGGUGAGAAGAUCAUGCUGGCCAUCAUCACCAAGAUGACCCUCACCCAGGUCUCCACCUGGUUCGCCAACGCCCGCCGGCGGCUCAAGAAGGAGAACAAGAUGACCUGGCCCCCGCGGAACAAGUGCUCUGACGAGAAGCGGCCCUAUGAGGAAGAGGAGGAGGAGGAGGAGGGUUCGCAGGAGGAGGCGAUGAAGAGCGGGAAAGCCGAGGAACCCACGGGCAAGGAGGAGAAGGAGCUGGAGCUCAGCGACCUGGAGGACUUGGACGCCGCCGAGUCGGAGAGCUCGGAGUGCGAGCUGCGGCGGCCCUUCCCGCACCCGCUCCCGCACCCGCACCCGCUCCCGGGCGGCAGCCACCCGCCGCGGGCCGCCGAGCUCCCCGCCAAGAUGCCGCCGCCGGCUGCCGCCGGGGAGGAGGAGGAGGAGGAGGAGGCGGCGGCAGAGCGGGCGCGGAGCUGCCUGAAGACGGCGGCGGAGGAGUGCGGCCCCGACCCGCUGGGCGCUCGGCAGCGCGGCUGCGAGUCCAAGAUGUGCUUCCAGCAGGGGCAGCAGCUGCUGGAGGCGAAGCCCAGGAUUUGGUCCCUGGCGCACACUGCCACCUCCCUCAACCAGGCCGAGUACCCCUCCUGCAUGCUGAAACGUCCCGGGGGCUCGGCCGCCGCCGCCGCUCCCGCCCCGGUCAGCGUCAUGGACAGGCACCAGGAUUCGCCGGUCACCAACCUCAGGAACUGGGUGGACGGGGUGUUUCACGACCCCCUGUUCAGGCACAGUACUUUAAACCAAGCCCUGAGCAACACAACAGUUUCCUGGGCUACCACCAAAGGAGCCAUUCUGGAAACGGGCGCCUUGGGACGCGCGGUGGGGAACGGCGCCAAUGUGCUCAAGGGGCAGCUCUCAAACCUGGCCCACCAUGACUCAAACAAAGAGUUUCUGGCGUUUCCCAAAUCAGGAAGCAAAAUGUUUUGUUCCUAACAGGCCCGCCGAGGGGCAAAGGACUUUCUAACGCUUGAAGAGUCAGCUACACUGAAAAGAGACUUGCAAGAGUUUAAAUUUAAAUAUAAAAAACUUUUUCUUCCUUUUCUUUUUUAAACAAACAACAUA